GAGCCUAUUCGGCGCAGCCCGGCGUUCCGCCUCAUUCGCUGAGCAGGUCCGUGAACUGUCAGCGCGCUCCGGGCGGUUAAGCCGUGGCUGCCGCCAGGCUUGCUGUACUCCUCCUGAGGUGCCCGCCGGAGCCAAUGUGCCCCGGUCCGCUGGGGCGUGAGCAGCCACCGAGUGGGGGCAACUUGGGAUUUAGAACCCACAGCAGGGACGUCGGUUUGCGAUCGGGACUCAGCGAGGAGGAUGGAAAUCCUGUAUGAAUGUGGAAGCCAUUAGCAGAGUAAUUGCUGUCUGUUACCAUGACAACCAGCCGCUGCAGUCACCUGCCCGAAGUCCUGCCAGACUGCACCAGCUCAGCUGCGCCCGUGGUGAAGACGGUGGAGGAUUGUGGCAGCCUAGUGAAUGGGCAGCCGCAGUAUGUCAUGCAAGUUUCAGCCAAGGACGGGCAGCUGCUGUCAACAGUAGUGCGGACUCUUGCCACCCAGAGCCCCUUCAAUGACCGGCCGAUGUGCAGGAUCUGCCAUGAGGGCAGCAGCCAAGAGGACUUGCUCUCUCCAUGUGAAUGUACAGGGACCUUGGGGACAAUUCAUCGGAGCUGCCUGGAGCAUUGGCUGUCAUCCUCAAAUACCAGCUACUGUGAACUCUGCCACUUCAGGUUUGCAGUCGAGCGCAAACCCAGGCCGUUAGUGGAGUGGCUGAGAAACCCUGGCCCCCAGCAUGAGAAGCGGACUCUGUUUGGCGACAUGGUGUGCUUCUUGUUUAUAACACCCCUGGCCACCAUCUCGGGCUGGCUGUGCCUGCGGGGCGCUGUGGACCACCUGCACUUUAGUAGUCGGCUGGAAGCCGUCGGACUGAUUGCACUCACUGUCGCACUCUUCACCAUUUACCUCUUUUGGACACUAGUGUCAUUUAGGUACCACUGUCGAUUGUACAAUGAGUGGCGUCGGACCAAUCAGAGGGUGAUUCUCCUCAUUCCAAAGUCUGUCAAUGUACCUUCUAACCAGCAGUCCUUGCUGGGCCUACAUUCGGUCAAGAGGAACUCAAAGGAGACAAUUGUUUGAUGUUUGUGUGGGUGGUUGGUUGAUUCAUUGUUUGGGGUUUGGAAGUGGCUGCACUGUGGCCAUGCACUGAGCCACCCCCAAGCCCUUCCUUCAGCCUGGGGGUCUAAGAACAUCCAGAGUGCAUUAGCACAUCACCCCAAGCAACGACCGUUGCCAGAAGAAAGCAAAUGCUGUUUUACUUCAAAUCAUGGAUGCUGCAAUCAUAUGAUAUUUGCUAAGCUGCCAAACAUGUUUAUUUAGCAGAUACUGUAUGGAAUUUUCUGAACACCUCUUUAACGUAUGAGGAAGGUUGUCCUGCUACGGAUGCAAUUCAAUUCUUCCUUUUUUAUUACUAUUUCAAACAUAUAUAUAUAUAUAUAUAUUAAACUUAGAUGAUAAUCAAAAUCAAAAAGCCAAUGUAAAAACUGGUUUCUUGGUUUGGUUGGGUCUUAUUCGAGUUAGUUUGUUUCUCAGUUCCUCGUGUGGAUUAUUUGGGGUACUUUGGUAGCCUGAAUGGUCUCUUUCAUCUCUUUCACAUCCAGGAGACAGCAUAACAGAUGCAGAACAAGUCAUAUUUGAAGAAUGUUUUGUACUAAACUUCAUUUAAUUAUUCAGUUUUUAAAGGGAAAAAGGGCGUGGCAACUCUCCACACAGUGAGCUGUUUAUUUAAAUAUCAUUAAGAAGAAAAUAUGGUGAGAAGCUCACUCCUUUCAACUUCUUUGGUACUGACAGCUGAUAGAAGCUAUUUUCUAAUAAUAAAUAUCCAGUGUGUGAAAAACAAAACCCACUGAUUGCAAAACUCUUUUUUUAAAUCAUAAAACCUGUGAAGUUUCCCAAAGCAGGUUUUAAAGGGAAAAGAGGGAAAAGCAAAAAGGUUGGUGUUCUCACUCCCAUCUCAUUUAGUGCAUGUCUUAAUUCUGCAUUCGUAAUGAACUGGAGGAUCAUUAGACAUUUCUAGGAACCCUAGACCUGUUUUGCAUAUCAAUUAGCAUUCCCAUCGCUCUAUUGAAUUUCUAGCUUGACAGGUAGAUGUGGCAAAAAAGCCUGUCCUAGCAGCCCUGCACUUAUUGUAAGACCCCUUUGUCUGAUUUUUUUAAAAAGCCCCACACAGUGCCUUCCCCCAACCGUGAGCCAAUUCUGUCACAGGCCGAAAUAGAUUUUUUCUAAGGGUUUCGUGUCCCGCUUUUGUCUGUCGCAGUGUAAAGGGCCUGAUCCGCAGCCUGCAUUGUGCGCGCGCGGAGGCGGGAGCGGAUGUCUUCUGAGGAGAGCUGGCUGGGGUGACUCCCAGGCUCCGGCUAUCCGCCCGCCCACACGCCGCGACGAGGGGCGGAGCCCUGCUUCGGGAAUGCUUAAAAUGUGGAAUUCUAGAACACGACCCACAUUCUGAGUAUCACUCCAAGCAUCUGCCUUGUGCUCCCCAAGUGGAAAACGAGAAGUGCAAAGGAACAGGCAGCGAGGAGGGUAGCGAUUUUUGUCUGCAAAUUGAUGGAGCUGAUGCAGCUGUCCCCUUUGUCGGCGAGCCCUCCUUUCACAGCCUGCCCUCAGCGCUGCCUGGGGAGGGAAACAGCUGUACUGCUCUUCUCUGCAAAACUCAGAUGUGCUUUAUGGCUUGUGACAAUAGAUUUCCUCCCCACCACGCUUCACUUGGACACUUCAAUUCCAGUAAUAUACGUCUCAGCCCUUCUGUUUACUCGGCCCUGCUCACCCUCCCUGAGCUGUCAUUAGCUCCACCACCAUCAACCGCUUCUUAAUUGACCUUUUUAAAAUGCUGGGCACCACCGGCUGCACGCAGCUGCCACACAUUAAAUUUCCAGAGCAAAGAGCUCAACUUGGUAGCUGGUGAAUUGCAGCCCAGUAAUAUACUUGAUAAAUGACGUCCACCCAGCCUUAGUCCCUGAGCUGUCAGGUGAACCUGUUGACACCUCUCAACUGAAUGGCACAACAUUCAUGAGAGGACCAUGCCCCUUCUCCUUCCUGCUUCUUCCAUGAAUUAAGGAAGCAGCGGAUUCCCAGGAGGAUUUCCUGUGGGGGUAGUGUCUGCAGAGAAUUCCUGCGGUCUUGGUUCGUGAGAUGAGAUAUAAUGACACCAUCAAAGGCAGCCAGGUCCCAGGCAGUUCAAUGGGGACCCUCACUUAGGAAGGGCUUGCACAUUAAUGCUGUGCCUGUGCCACACCUUUUUCUCAUGUUUGCAUCCCUGCCCUGUGAAGUACAGCAGAGUCCAAGAUACAAAGAGUAGAUUGCAUGUGGGGUGGUGGGCAGGACACCCUUGGCAGCCAGGCACAGCAUCAGUGCCUCCCUUCCCAGGUCACCAGCUUGGGACCUCCCUGUGAGACGCUCUGCUCUCCUUUGGCAUCAGGGCCCAUCUGGGAUUCUGAACUCUUGGAGGAUAUUUCAUCCUCUCCAAGCCAUGCCCUAUGGAAAGGGCUCCACCUCCUGCAGGAAGGGGUGCCUUUUCUUUAUGGGUGCAGAGGCAUCCUGAGGCUUACCAGCGGCCUUGCUAGCCUAGUCCUCUUCUUGUGCUUCUUUCUUUUUGAAAGAUCAAGAAUGAAGAGGAAGAGAUGAAGAAUGGGAGUCCUUACCUAAAGGACCCUGGUGGUUCAUUGCUUCUCUUGCAGGGACUUUUUACAAAACUCCCUCUCUUCCACACUCCUUGCUGUGAUUCUGUCCUAAUCAUUUUUCUUGAGCAUAUCACGUAGAGACAAAUGUGUGUCACAGUGAAGCUAGAGGGUGAAUUAACAACUAAGACAAAUCCAGUGUGCUCUUUCCUGCCCUGCAUGUGUGCUCAUUUGGGGAAGGACGGAGGACACAGGGCAUCGACACAAAUUCUACAGCUCCUCAGAGAACUGAGCAGAGACAUAGAUGAGCUGUAAAAUCCAUUAAGGAAAAAUAAACAGCAUGAUUUGGAAGUUA